AAAUAGGCCUCGCUCCAGGGUGGGCCCUCAGUCCAACGGACCAACGACACGAUACAGGCUGCCGGGAGCUGAGAACAGCAGUCUUUCGGACACCUCUUGUUGACGUUUCGUCGAACGAGCGACUGUCCUAUCUCCAGCCAUGAGCAAGUUGAGCUCCCAGCAGCAGCAGCUGGCCGCGGCCGUGGCCGCCAAGAGGCAGAGGGUGGCCACAUCAGCGCCCUCGUCUGCCAAGGCGGACGUUUCCGAAUACUUCUCCGGGGUGCCCCGCAUAGAGUACAGGCCGGACGCGGGCCCGGAGGAGGCGCUCUGCUACCGCUACUACAACCCCGGCGAGCGCUGCCACGGCCGCACCAUGGAGGAGUGGCUGCGGCCCGCGCUGUCCUUCGGCCACGCCCUGCGGAGCGCGGGCUCCGAGGCGUACGGGCAGCCACCUGGCGUGCAGCAGCGCCCGCAGCGGCCCUGGGAUGACGGCACCAACUCUCUGGACAACUACCACCGCCGCAUUCGCGCCGCGUUCGAACUCUGCAAUAAGCUUGGCAUCAGGCUCUGGGCCGCGUGGGACCGAGACCUGGCGCCGGAGGGCGACUCUCUCGAGGAGACGCAGCGCAACCUGGACGAGUCGGUGGACCUGUGCCUGGAGCUCCAGCAGCAGCAGCAGCAGCAGCAGCGGGCGCACGGCGCGGCCGCGGGCCCCAUCAAGCCCCUGUGGCUGGGCGCGGACCUGCACUCGCACCCGCGCUACUGCCAGGGCGCGGGCACGGCCCCGGACGCGGGGGUGCUCGCCGUGGCGGGGACGCAGGUGCGGCGCGCGCUGCAGGCCGCCCAGCGGCUGUCGGCAGAGUGCUUCCUGUUCUGGGGCGGCAGGGACGGCUACGCCUCGCCUCUCAACACGGACCCGGCGAGGGAGCUGCGGGGCUACGCGCGCCUGCUGAGGAUGACGGCCGAGCACCGCGACCGGCUGGGUUACCGCGGCCAGCUGCUCCUGGAGACGACCCACCUGCCCUGCGGAGCCCAGGGCCAGGCCGCGCGACCCUCCGUGCGGCGCUACGACGACUGCGCGGCCUCCGCCGUGGGCCUGCUGCGCCAGUUCGGCCUGGACCGGCACUUCAAGCUCAGCACGCCGCCCGGCCACCAGGUGGUCGUCAGCUCGGCCUACGGCAUGCUGGGCUGCCUCAACGCGACCGCCCACGACUUCCCCCCGGACGUGCGCGAAGCCACGGUUGUCAUGAAGAGCGUUUUGGAACAGGGCGGGGUGCAGCCUGGAGGACUCCUCAUCGGCGUGCCCAUGCGGAGAGAGGCCCUGGACGCACGCGACCUGGUGGGGGCGUACGUGGCCGUCAUCGACUGCUACGCUAAGGCACUGCGGGCCGCGGUAAAGCUCGUCGCAGACGGCGCCUUCAGCAGGAACCUGCAGCAACGGUACCUCAGCUUCCACAGCGGGUUCGGCGCCCGCCUCUCCAGCGGUGAGGCCACCCUCGAGGACUGCGAGGAGCACGCUCGUAAGUUGCAGCAGCAGCAACAACAGCUACAGCAGCAGCAGCAGCAGCAGCAGCCAGGCGAGGGUCAGCUCGACUGGUGUCUGGUCAGCGGCCGCCCCGAGCAUUGGGAGGCAGUGUGCGGUCGCUACAUCGACGCUGUGGCAGACUCCUCGAGAGAAUAACAGCGUACCCACGACAUUUGUACCUCGAGAAGCCGCUGUUGUGGCCGCACUUUGGGGAAGUUCAACGAAGAAAGCUGGCCUCAACAACCAACGAUUUCUGGGGAUCAUGGAGAGGGAGUGCUUCACAAUAAUUAAGUAUGCUCUUACAAUUUAUUAUUUCCAAAACAUGAUUUUUUCUGUCCAGAAAGACACUGCACAGCUUCAGAAAUAAAACGCAAUGUAGCCUACAAAGGAAGUAACAGACAA